AUAAAUAAUUAUGUGUGUUUUCUUGUUAGUAGAAAAUAUGCGGCAGAAGUUAUACAAUGAAGUACUAAAAUUUUGAUUUUCAAAUAAAAUAUUAAAGAUGAUUUUCAUUUCGUUCGUUUUAAUAAUAGAAGUUCUUUUUAUCACAAAUGGUGUGGCUACCGAUUAUCCCGAAAUUGAAACAGAAUUGGGGAAAAUACGGGGAACGUAUGGGGUAAGUGUUCAGGGACGUACAUAUUCAGCAUUCCAGGGCGUCCCGUAUGCAGAACCGCCGAUAGGAAAAUAUAGACUUGUGGAAGCGCAACCGGUAAAACCAUGGAAUGGUGUUUGGGUAGCAAAUACAACUCAUAAAUGUUUGCAAUUUGACCAUUUUUCAAAAGCUGAAGACACAUACAAUGUAGUAGGGGACGAAGACUGCCUUUAUCUAAACAUAUACGUCCCAAAAGUGGAUAAAAAUGAGGGUCUUGAUGUGAUAGUUGUAAUUCACGGUGGUGCAUUUAUGUUUGGGAAUGGUCAAAGUUUUGGGCCAGAAGUAAUAAUGGAUAAAAAUGUCGUUUACGUCAAUUUGAAUUAUAGAUUAGGAAUAUUGGGAUUUUUAAGUACCGAAGAUAAUAUAAUUCCUGGUAACUUCGGCCUAAAGGAUCAAUUACUGGCUUUGAAAUGGAUUAAGAAGCAUAUAGAAGCAUUUGGAGGAAAUCCAGAAUCUAUAACGAUAUCCGGGAUGUCCGCAGGAGGAGCCAGUGUUCAUAUUCAUUACCUUUCUCCACUGUCAGAAGGUUUAUUUAACAGGGGCAUUUCACAGAGUGGGACUGCCUUAAAUCCAUGGGUUUUGGUAGAAAACUCUCGCGAAAAAGCUGAAGUAUUGGCUAGUCAUCUCGGAUGCUCGUUUAUUUCAUCAGAAGAAAUUUUGGAAUGUCUAAGACAGAGAUCUGCUCGCCAGAUUGUUGCAUUAACAAGGCACUUUAUAGCUUGGUAUUAUAAUCCCUUUUCGCCAUUUGGAGUAGUCGUGGACAAAUGGUCAAAGAAUCCUAUUCUGCCAGAACACCCCUUAAUACUACUCAAAAAUAGAAAACUUAGAAACAUUCCAUGGAUCUUUUCCAUGGUGGAAUCGGAAGGCCUAUAUCCAGCUGCCGAAUUCCUUCAAUAUCCCAAUUCACUGAAGGAAUUGAAUGAAAAUUGGGAAACUUUACUGCCUUUUCUGUUGGAUUUUAAUCAUACUGUGGAUUUAAAGGAGCAGAAUUCAGUUGUUCAAAAAAUUCGUGAUCAUUAUUUCAACGGUAAAAGUGCUUCAAGGGAAACAUUUGUAAACGUUUUAAAAAUGAUCGGAGAUAGAUUGUUUGCAGUUGACAUUGAAGAAUCGGCAAAAUUACAGGCUGCUGGAAGUGAUGGUUCAGUAUAUUUCUAUUAUUUCUCUUAUAGAGGAGUGCACAGUCGAUCAGAGAUUUUAGCAAAGCGCAACGAAAAUUAUGGAGCUGGACAUCUGGACGAUACUCUUUACGUUUUAACCACCUUUAUGCAGAAGGAUGCAACAGAAUCAGAGAGAAAGAUGACUGAAAUUAUGAAAAAUAUUUGGACCACAUUUGCCCACAAUGGAAAGCCACUAGUGAAAGGAGUUGAUUGGUUGCCAGUUUCAAAAAGAGAAGACGAUCCCAUACAGUAUCUUGACAUUAGAUCCCCCAAUGAUAUAAAGAUGAAUAGCAGCGAAGAUUUAGGAAAUAGAAAAUUUUGGAAUUCUUUACCUUUCAAAGAAAAUUUGAGAUUAUUUCACGAAAGAGACGAACUAUAAUUAUCUAGGAGAUUUACUGUGAGAUAUAUAUUGUGAACACUUAUUUUUUUCUGUAAUGUAUGUAAUAAAUAAAUAUUUGCAUAGAACGAAAAUGG